AUGUUUGACUUGCACCAUUUCCUCGGUCUCUUGGCAGACGACAAGUACUUGAACGAGUCUCUACUCUCAGAAAAGGAAUUUAUCAUAACGUCGCUUCCGCCAUUUUACCUAGCUGCAAAACUAGCCGUGGGCAAAUACAAGUCGUCGGAAGUAACAACGGCAUUCAUCAAGAAACACUUGAUCAUCAACACCAAGACCCAGGUUUCCGCACAACUCGAACAGGAAAUCGUGGAAGCAUUAGCAAUGGCGCGGUUCUUGGACUGUUAUUUCGCAGCCACUAAAACCACCAUUGGCCCUUUGCAUGGUCUCCCUAUUGGCAAUCUGCAAUUGGAGAUCGUCAAGAGAGAUUACCAAGUCGAUGACGAUGCUCUUGGGGUUGUCAAGUUAAAUUUGGCACAUUACGACUUGAGCGGCAGCUUUUCGGGACCUUCGUCGCCUCGACUCAGUCCCAACACAUGUACCUCACCCGACGCUUCACCAUUGGACGUCCAAUGCUGA